ACUGUUGGAUAUGUCGUACGACACAUAUUACUAUACUUGCUUCUUCAAAACCAAUUUCCGCUUCUACCUGUAUAUUACAGGUAAAUUAUCUCCGGUAUUUGGAUAUCGAAUCUGCAUUUUGGUCUUUUACACAGAUACUGUUUGAAUCAUCAUCAUGUCGCAUGGGUACCCGGCCGGGUACCUCAAUUCCCGUGGCGACAGCUGGUCGGAAGCGGGCAGCGAGAUGGAGAUGAACCGCUACCCAUCACAACACAGCAUGGCCAGCUACGGGCCCUCCAGCUACUCCUACGUGUCUGGUAGCAGGAAGAGUCUGUACUCCACCUACACCAGUUAUGCCCCUUCCCAAAUCUCCUACAUGCUGCCCAUCGUCACCAAGCAACCCAACCCAGACAAGAAGCCUGCUGACCACUGGGGCUUCGCGUUCUGCUCUCUCUUCAUCAACCCCUUGUUCGGGCUCUUCGCCAUCCUCCUUGCAGAACAGUCGAAAAUCUACUUCAGUCGCCUGGACUACGUGAAGGCAUCAAAGUAUGGGUCGUAUGCCAAGGGUGUUGCAGCUGCAGGGAUUGUGUCCAUGUUUGUGCUGUUGAUUCUAAUACUGGCCGUUGUCCUCAACGAAUACUUUAAGUACAGAUACUGACCAACUUCCCAACAUGUCCGCACCUGAGAAAAUAGACCAAUCAGGAACCAGCCUAUAAGGCUGCCUGUGCCUCAAUAUCUGCUUAGAGCAAUAGGAAAACCAUCUUCCCGAGGCAAGCGAGUUAACUGACUAUAUAAGUCCAGUUUCCACCCUUGCCGAACUAGGCUGGUAUUAUGGAGUUACAUUUUGGCUGGACUAACAAGUCUAUGCAUAGUCCAAUCAAAAUCGCGCA